AUGGGUCAGCAUGAUUCUACAACGCCGCCGGCGCCGGCAUUGCCGGCCACUUCGGCCCGGCCUGCUGCCCAGAGUGGUCGAGGCCGGGUCGCCUGCCAACGAUGCCACCUCAAGAAGACCCGAUGUGAUGCAUCUGACAGGCUCCCGUGCUCCAACUGUGCGGGAAAGUCGUUGGAAUGCGUGCUGGUGGAGUCGCGGCGCGGCAGACAUGUUCGUAAACGCCGCACACCGCAAGAUCAGAGACCGAAAGAGAAGCCGGUAUACACGACUGUAGAUACAAGAGGUCUUCCGGCCUCCGCAAAUCCACAGUCAUACGGGCCGUUGACCAAUGGUGACCAUGCCUCUCAGCCCGUCCUCAACACAGUCUCGCCUCCAAGGAGCAACCGCGUGGUUAGCCCCUCGCUCUCCGACGACGAGUCCCCGGACAUGCUCUAUGCCCAGGUUGCCGAGCGGAGUGUCAACGCCAAUGACAAGCCGAUGACCGAUCUGGGAGACAGCGUCUUCCUAGGCGAGACGUUCAGUUUGACGUACGUGGUUCACGACGUGUUGGCGCCUUUCCUGAGCAAAGAACCUCUCCACCAGAGGUGCUUGCAUGUCUCCAUUCCCGACAACCCCGGCAUGAAGCACCAAGGUCGAUCUCCCCUGCACCAGGACGACCAAGUCGCCGCGAACCAAGCCCGCCUUCUCAAGGAGCGGAAAAUCUUCCAUCGCCUUGCCCCUGAGAUCCUCCAGCAGUUGCUGGAUGUCUACUUCGACUACUUCCACUAUGCUUACCCCAUCGUUGAGAGGUCGGAAUAUCACGAUGCCGCUCAGGCUGUGCGGAGAUCGCAGUUGGUCUUGAAUUCGUUACUCAUGGUGGCGACGACACUGUGUGAGGAAGAGAUCCUGAUCGCCGGUGGCUUUAAAGACCGACACGUCGCCCGCUCCGCCUUCUAUAGACAGGCACGGUUACUGUACGAUGCCGAUGCCGAGCCGGACAAGCUGAACAAUAUUCGCGCGCUCUUUCUCAUGAGUUUUUGGUGGGGGCGCCCUAACGAUCUGAAGGACUCGUGGUACUGGUUGGGCAUGGCGAUCAGUAUUGCAAAGAGCUUGGGCCUUCAUAGGACCACAACAUCAUCCAACUUUGGCCCACGCAAAAGUCAGCUCUGGAAGCGUCUCUGGUGGUCACUGCAGAUCCGUGAUGUCCUUGUCAGUGCAUCUUUAGGUCGACCACGACACAUCUGGCAGGGCGACUGCGACGUCGAAGAGCCCGGUCCCGCAGACGUGAGUGAGCAAUUUGAGCUAGGCGACCAUGACGCUGCUGGCUACUUCAUACAGCUUGCGAAGCUCAGCACACUCAUAAGUCGAAUACUUGACGCAAGAUAUGGAUCAGCUCGAUCGAUAGCUACCUUCGACCAUCGGACGAGUUUGGAGGAUGCCAUGCUGCUCUUCCACGAACAAAUUCCUUCCGAGUUGGUGUAUCGGGGUAUCGACAGUAGCUCGGGUCGUGGACUGUGGGCAUCGAUGCUUCUAAUGACAUAUAACUACGCGAUGAUCUUACUUUGCCGGCCACCACUCAGCCAGUCCGGGCCAGAGCAAUUCUGGGAAUGGGGGAAUACUCAGAAAGCCUUUGCGGCAGCCAGCGCCAUCACUCGAUCCAUGGAGGAUCUGCUUUCCGCCUCACUCGUCAGGCUUUGCCAAGUACAAACAAUCACCGCUCUAUUCAACGCCCUCGCAGUCCACGUGUACAGCAUAUGCACGUCGCAAGCCGCCAACCACGACUUGGCAGAGAUGCGAGCCAAGGUGUGCAUGCUGGGGUUGGCCUCGAUGCAAGAAUCCUGGCCGGUCGGUGGCUGGGUGCUCAAGCUCUUCGACAGGAUCAUGCAGAGGCUUAAAGCGCCUGCUGGGCAUGACAAUCAACCGAUAAAGGACAACGAGCAGAGUAGGCACAGGUCGAAGAGUGAAAAACGAGCAGAGGGAAGACUUGUGCCCUCUCCAGGCAUAAGUUCAGAUUCUGGAGAACGAUUUGGGAGCAUCAUUGGAUCCGGAGUCGAGGAAGUCAGUUCUCCGGACCAAGCAAACCAGGAGAAGGCCAGCAGUGAGGCGACUCAAGUUGCGUUUGGAGCCGCCACAACGCCCCAACCCACGCCCGAAAUGGCUUUGGACUUCUCGACAAGUCUCUUCAGCUUCGACGAUGCAAUGGCCCAUCCUGCCUUCGAUCAGGAAAAGUUCUUUCAGUGGCUGGAUCUGCCGGUUUCGCAAGAUGUCGAUAGUCUUCUGAAGCCAGCUUAA